CCCCUCCCCCCCAAAAAAGGGAGUGAAAGGCGUUGUAAAUAUACGCAUAUAUAAACACUCAUCUGCUACCUCCUUUUUAAUAUUUCACAAAAUACCGAAGUACGGAGGCUCGCUGCUUUUCCUGAGGUGACAAGUCCAGUGUUCUGUGGUGGAAUAUUAACUUUGAGUGUGCUUUAAGAGUGUAAGUGUCCGAGGUUUUUGCAUCUGUGCCUUCAGAGAGCGGAACGGAGUGGGACGGACUUGGAUGACAGUGCUGCCGUAAAGAUCCCAAACUCUCUCAUCUAAAACGACAACAUGGGAAAGAAAAUUUUUGGGACCAAUUACCCAGUCAGCAUCUGCUUCAUAGUGGUGAAUGAAUUCUGCGAACGCUUCUCCUACUAUGGCAUGAAAGCAUUGCUGACACUCUAUUUCCUCACCUACCUGAAAUGGGACAAGGACCUCUCCACUGCUGUCUACCAUGCUUUCAGCGGCCUCUGCUACUUCACACCCAUACUGGGAGCUUUCAUUGCUGACUCCUGGCUCGGAAAAUACAAGACCAUCAUCUACCUGUCCAUUGUAUAUGUGAUCGGCCAUGUGGUCAAGUCGGUUGGAGCCAUUCCCACCGUGGGAAGCACCGAAUUGCACAUUGCUCUGUCCAUGUCAGGUCUGAUACUCAUAGCUUUGGGCACCGGAGGGAUCAAACCCUGCGUGGCGGCGUUCGGAGGUGACCAGUUUGACGAGGAACAUACCACAGAGAGGCAGAAGUUCUUCUCUAUUUUCUACAUGUCAAUCAAUGCUGGCAGCUUCCUGUCGACUAUUAUUACACCCAUAUUGAGAGGUGACGUGAAGUGUUUUGGUGGAGACUGUUAUGCUUUGGCCUUUGGGGUUCCUGCAGCCCUGAUGGUUGUGGCUUUAGUUGUCUUCAUUGCUGGCAGCAGUCUGUAUAAGAGAACUCCUCCCCAGGGAAACGUCCUUUGGGAAGUCUGCAAUUGCAUCGGGUUUGCACUUAAAAAUCGUUGGAACAAAUCAAAACAUGACCCACCGAAAAAGCACUGGUUGGACUGGGCUGAGGAGAAGUACUCGAUGCGUCUGAUUCAGGAGAUAAAGAUGGUUUUGCGAGUUCUGGUGCUCUACAUCCCCCUCCCAAUGUUCUGGGCUCUCUUUGAUCAGCAGGGUUCCCGCUGGACACUUCAAGCCACGAGGAUGAACCUGGCUUUUGGAAACUCCUUCGCUAUUAAGCCUGACCAAAUGCAGAUGUUGAAUGCUCUGCUGAUUCUUGUCUUUGUGCCUAUCUUUGACCUCAUCAUAUAUCCGCUCGUUAGACUCUGCGGACUCAAGAUCACACCUCUGAGGAAAAUGGCCAUGGGAAUGGUGUUUGCAGCCCUGGCCUUCGGAGCAGCCACUCUGGUGGAGGUGAACGUUGUGAAAACUGUGGUGAAUCCUGCACCUGCAGGGAAGUGUCUCUUGCAGGUUGUCAACCUUGCUAAAGAUGAUGUCAGUCUGAAGGCUCCUGGCACCGAUCUGUUUCUACAGUCUAUCAAGUACCUUGAGGACCCUCCUGGUUAUGAGACUGUUCCACUGUCCAACGGGGAGCUGAAUCUUGAAGUCACUGUAGUCAAUGGAGGAAACUUUUCGGCUACCCAGAAGGUUGAAGAGAAAAAGGCCUACAGUGUCAUCAUUUACCCCGACGCUACUGGAAUCACCUACACAUUAGUAGAAGAUCACAUAACAAAAAACGAAGAAGGGAAUCCAUUAUUGAGGUUCCUCAACACACAGCCGGAGGCCUUAAACGUAACGGUGGGAGAUAAUAAUUUCUACAUGUCCUCCGGGUACAAUGUGACUCAUAACAAGACCGUGCAGCGGGGCGAAUACACUGAUGUCUCCUGCAUUUCAAACUCAGGAAAGACCUCUAAACUUAACCUGGGCCUGCUGGACUUUGGCGCGUGUUACACUGUCAUUCUCACAGAGGAGGCGGGUAAAAUUGUGCCUCACAAGAUCGAGGAUGUGAAAGCCAACAAUGUGCACAUUGCCUAUCAGAUCCCACAGUACAUCCUCAUCACUGCUGGAGAGGUCAUGUUCUCCAUCACUGGCCUGGAGUUCUCCUACUCACAGGCUCCAGCCAACAUGAAGUCAGUGCUGCAGGCUGGCUGGCUGCUCACGGUGGCAUUUGGCAAUGUGAUAGUGCUGAUUGUGGCAGAAGGGGCAGGACUGGAACAGUGGAUAGAGUUCUUGCUGUUUGCCUGCCUGCUGUUGGGCGUCUGCAUCAUCUUCUCCGUCAUGGCCCACUUCUACACCUACGUUGACCCCGAAGAAAUGGAGAAGCUUUACCUGGAAAACUCAGUGAGGGAGGAAGACGACAGUGACUUCAAGAAGAAAAACAACGAGAUAGAACUGAACAAAACGGGGAAGAGCACCAAAAUGUAAUACCACGACAUUAGUCACACCUCAUUAUACGUUUGGCUGCUUUGUGCUUUAUAAAGGUAUUAUUUUAGUGAAAAUGAAACUCUAAGAUGUGAUUGUUGGAGAUUUCUUGUGGUUUUAAAGUGUAGGACUCGUGACAUCAUUUAACAUAUGUUGUGAAAAACUCCCGUUUCAAACUUUAUAACCUUACAAGGAAAGGACUUCCUGAAUCAAACUUAAAAUAUGAAAUAAUGUUCGAGGAAGACAAAAUAGUCAUUUCUGCAAAAUGAUCAAUAGUGUUAUUAAAGCAUGUUAAUACUACACUGUAUAUAUUUGUUGCAUAUUAACCCCAUGUCAGAAUGCUGUUCAUGAUAAUCACAAGCUGUGCAAAUAUUGGACAGAAAGCAUUCAGUUCGCUUUGUGUGCCUUUAUCACAAUGUUUGAUUUCCAGAAAACAAAGCUCAUCAUUACUAAACGUCUGAUGUGAUAUGAUCUCUAAUUACAAGGGUAUUUCUGCCUGUUUGUACCUGAACAACUAAACAAAACGGAGUUUCUCAAACAGGUUUCAAGGGUCUGCAUGUAGUGCAGCCAGUGUCUGAAACAAUCUUUCAGUAGUCGUGGAUACAAGUACACAAAUUUACAAGUUUGUCCCUCUAGAGCUGUUUUUUUUUCUUUGAAGAAACAAAAAAAGUCACAUUAGCCACUUGAAUUUUAAAAAAGUUCCAGUCUGGUUGUUUGGAUCUUAGAAAGCAGCUGUUUCAUUACAGAACCUCAACCACUGGGUAGAUUUCAGUCCUGAUUUAUCAGCUUUUGACUGUAACUCAUAACUGCUUCAGAAGUCUAUACAAGGGAAAAUAGAAGGAUUGUAUUGACACGUGUCACAUGUAGCGCUAAUGGUUUUCCCCUUUUACUCACACAUAGUUAGGUUUAGACUUUUAACAUUGAUUAAAUGACUUUCACAUAUUCGAUGCUUGAAUCCUCUUUUGUUCUUGGAUUGGCUCCCUUUGCAACCACAGACACAGUUUUAACGUACACAUGCAAACCUAGACGGAUUCAUCAGGGGUACCUGGGGUUCAGCAUCUUGCCCACAGGCACGUCAACAGCUGCAGGAGCUGGGGAGCGAACAAGUAACCUUCUAAAUAGGAGACAAUCUAAGCAGCUGUGAAAGGAAAGCUUUCUGAGGGCCUGGGUCAGAAAGCAGUGAGGAGCGUAAGGGAUCCAUACAGGAGCUGAACAAGUAAUCUAUUGAAAAAGUCCACUUUUAUUCAUUCAAAAAGUCUUAUUUAUGCCACCUGGAAAAAAAAGAAGUCUUUUUUGCAUUCAUUUGUACCACUUGUAGUCCUUGUAUCCACCUGUGAAUGAUUUCCCUGUAAAGGUUUCUGCUUUGCUGACGUUGAAGUUUAAAAUUGUGCAGAAACAUCCAGCUUUGUUUUUGCAUACAUAAUGAUUUCUUUUACUGUUUAUAGGCAGAAAAAUCACAGAUAUGAAAAAAAAAGUAAAAAUUAUGAAAGAAUUUCUUGCUACUGUUCAUGCUGCUCAUUGGGACACGUCAUCAUCACA